AUGUAUAGACCUAGUCCAGUGGUUUCAAGAAAGAUAAGACAAUAUAACCAUCAGUUCACAAAGAAGAAAAUGAUAGACUCAUUUCUUAACAAAAAGUCAACACACAUUAAAAUGGACAAACUGCUCCUCAAAGACCCAGAGAAGAAUGCUAUCACAGAUCCAACCAUAAUCAAAAAAAUGACAGUGAACCAUUACAAACAGAUCGCAACUCCAAUACUGCAAAAACAGAAAACUGAAAAGUACAAAUGGUGGGCAGAAUUCAUAUCAAAAAUACAAAUAGAUCCAACAUGA